CUUUACACUAGGGUUCAUUCAAUAGGUCAAUGCACUUCCGAGGCAACGUCCAAAGCGAUUACAAGGCGCUGUUUUUGUAAUGAGAAUAUGAAAUAAAUACCAAUUUAAAUGUCCACUUUGCGAUAAUUGUUGCAAUAAUAAAUUUACGAUAAUCGUUUGUUAAAUUUGUAGAUUCUUCACGAGAUUUGUCACAUAGGUGAUAAUUAAGUUGUAGGCUACAAUGUAGCCGAAUGCAUCACUGUAGCGGUAGCGAUAAUAAUAUAAAACAAACAAUCAAAUUUGACCAAUCGGCGAUUGUAACCGAGGCUGUGCAAAGUAUUGAAGCGUGUUCUAAUAAGUGCCUGUGUUUAGAAAGAAAGGCCAAGCCAUAUUGACAAGGUAAUCAGUAGGCACAAUAGUUCGACAAUACGGCUUAUACAUGGUCGCGCGUUGCAUCGUGAUAACAGACGGCCCUACCUUCAAAAUGGGUAAAAAAGGUUUAGACAGAGCUAUCAUAUCGGCAGCGAUAGCCGGCAUCUUGAUAUCCACUUACGCCUUGUUCGUGGAGAUGACCGCAGAAGCAGACUCCGACUACAAGGCCUUCUGCGACCUCGCUGAAAAAGUCAGCUGCUCGAAUGUUCUCACGUCUGAUUUCUCCAAAGGAUUUGGCAUAGCGGAGAAAGGGUCGGUGUGGGAAAUUCCGAAUUGCAUUUAUGGAAUUGUUUUCUACUGCCUCAUGAUUAUUAUGACUACGUAUGACCAGCUGUGUGUGGUGCAAAUGCAGUUUUUAACUGCAAUGCUGUCGGUUGUUAUGUGCGUUUAUUUAGCCUACCUUUUAUUAUUCAUUCUACAGGAUUUCUGCGUGAUUUGUGUCUCCACUUAUUUGGUAAAUAUUGGCAUAGCCACAUUAGUCUAUAAGAAAUUGAAUUAUGUCCUUAAAAAAUGUCAUUAAAUAUAACAUAUACAUACUCGUGUGAACUGUAAAGAAAUAAUUUAUUCAAAGUAUUAAAAGUUUGUAAAAGU